GAUCCGAAUAGAUUGACGCCAUUACGCGCUCACUACCUCAAGAAGCAGCUGGUCAAGCUACAGGUCGAAAGAGAGGUCCAGCAACUCAAUCAAAAGGAUGCUCUCUCAACCUUUGGCCCGCCUUUCAAGCCAUCACCCGCAGCACGUCGAGCGGAUUUGCCACUGUCCCGCUUCAUCUUCCACCACUUUGUCCUCACCUUUCCCUUCCUCCGGUCGGCCCCUUCCAACUUUUUCUCAGAUAAAGUCCAAGUCUUCAUGGACAUGUUUCUCGAGCGUAACAUCUCGGGCACGGACGAUCGGGAGGAGGAGACGAAGAGGAGGAAGAUUACACAGAAGUUGGAACGCAGUAUCACACUGCUCAUUGCGGCGGCUAUCCGUGUUGGCGGCGAGGAAGUUGUACGCAUUUCGGACGAGGAUAGGGAAAGGGCAGCAGCUGCGCAGGCUAGGGUCAAGGCGGCUUUGGCUGGGAAGCCAUUCGAGCGCGAUGACGCUACUUUUGACGUCAAUGUCAUUGGUGUCAGGACGCGCACCACAAAGGGUCGACUGCGCCACCGCCACCAUGAGGAGUUCAUCAUUCGUACAAGACGACAGGGCCAGCCAGACGUCCAUGUGAGCAGGCGAUACGGCGACUUUCAGCGCUUGGCCGACACUUUGCGGGUCGAGUAUCCAGACGAGGAUAUCAGUCGUCCGCCUGCCAAGGAUCGCAGCCAAACAGAUGCGGUACCGCCGAGUCCUACAAUGAGCGAGCCAACAGCAGACUCUGUACGCUCUUCCAUCGACGGCCAAAUGGAAGGCCUACAUCUCGACCCUUCGUCCAGCGUCAGCAGCAGUCGACGCUCAUCAGGCGCCCCUUCAGCUCCUCCACCCGCCCAACUCGCCCGCGAAAAGAAUCGACUCACUCUACGCGCCUACCUCCGCACCCUCCUCGCCAUCCCGCCUGUAGCGGACAGCCCCGUCCUUGCCGACUUCCUCCUGGGCGAGCCUGUCCACCUCACUCCGGCCGAAGAAGCAGACUGUCGCUCGCGCGAGGCAUUGGACGCUGUACGCGCCGACGAGACGACCCGAUUCAACGACGAAGCCUCAAAGCGCGUGGCCUCCCUCAAGAGCCACUUGGCGACGUUCAAGGCCGACCUGGUCCAGCGGGAUGGGCUCAGCCGGGUCUUCGGGACCAUCAAGUCCACACCAAGCAUCGAAGACUUGCCAGAGAGCUAUCGUGCCUUGCUAGCAUGGGCGCGGAUAUCAGCGGCCUCGACCCUCUUCCACUUAUUCAUGGGGAGCGACACCAGCUCGGACCUCUUUUCUCAACUCAAGCGUAUACAUGGGCUGAUGCCCUACUUCAUGAUGCGACAGAUCCUCCGCAUUUCCAACCCUGUCACCAUGAUCCGCGGAGUCAUCGACCUCUUCCUCGCCCAGCCAUUCGGGCAGCGUUCAUUGUUGCAGCGCAUGUUCUCCAGCUCAUUGCAGGAGGAGGCGCGCGACUUGCAGGAGAUGGUGAACGCGGUGCGUGCAAAAGUGGAGGACGAGGUCUUGUGCGAAAAGGUGCGACUAUUCGUCUAUGCUCCACCGGACGUGCAGCAGGUGUAUCGCGAUGACGCGCAAAAGGAGAAUGUGGACCUUCUCACCACCAUCCUCCGCUCCCCUGAGGAACCACGUCUGGGCCGGCAGCAGAUCCAUCGCGUCAUUCGUGCUUCGCGCGCCUACGAGGUCUACAAACGACAUCGCGCCUCCCUCAAGAAUCCCGAGCUAGAUGAUGAAGGGCCCCAGAACGAUGACGCCUGGCUGUACGAGGACCUGCAUGUCCUACUGCGCCUGUCAACGCGACUGCGCGAUAAGGAACAACUUCUCUCACUCAUUUUUGAAGGCGUCACAGCUGACCUCUUAAAGGAUAUGGUGACCAUCUUCUACUCUCCGUUGGCAACCGUAUACAAGGCGGCGAACAUUGCCGAUUCACUGUACGACUUGCAGGUCUUCAUCAAUGACUUGAUCAAGACUGUGGAGGCGACGGAAGAGAUGAGCUACACGGAGCCUCAGCGUACCGUGCAGGUCUUCAUCGAUCUGGUCGCGCGGCACGAGGGCAAGUUCUACGGAUUCGUGCACCAGGUCCACUCUAAAGGCGCCGGAUUAUUCGACGGGUUGAUGCACUGGAUUGAGUUGUUCCUGAAUUUCGUCAGAGCGCCAGACGGGGAUGAGAUGGAUGGGAGGCAGAGGCAAGGCUUGGGACAGCUGGACUUGGAGGUGUGCCUACCCGCGGGUGGAGCAGAUCGAGCUGCCGCUUUGGCAGAGAUAGAUGCUCUGGUGGUGCACGCAUAUCGACUCAAGCUGCUGCGCGAGAUGAAGCUUCGGAGGCGUAUCGCAGAUCGAGAGGUACGAGGCGCAGCACAGAGCGCUGACGGUAGUACUACUGGGCUCAUGGGUGGGCAAGGGGUAGAAGAAGAUGACGAGAAUGCCUUCUUUGCUACAAUGGUUGAUAACCUGGGCUUCGGCAAGGGCUUCGAAAGUGAAGUGGCCGACGCUGAGGCGGAGGGAGACGAGGAUGACGAAGAAGACACGGAUGAUGAGGAUGAGGACGAUACGGAGGACGAAGCGGGCAAACACGCCUCGCGAAAGGCGGGAAUCAUCUCGGACGACGAGAAGCGCCAGCGUCGCUUGCAAGAGAGGAGGAGGCGCAGACGCGCAGCCGCUAAGCCUCGUCCGCCCACAUUGCGCGUCAUUCCUGAAAUGGUGCCUCUAUUCGUGGAGAUGCUGCGCCCGAUGCUCCGGCCGGCA